AUGUGCCAACGCGGCCCUCAACAGCACCACGCGAACUCGCUGCCCAACUCGACUCUCCACGUCAAAGAGCAACCCGUCCUCGACUCUGCUCAACCCUCCCUCAUCGACUACGGCAGACCGAGCACCAUGAGCGGCGCCAACUUUGAGGACAUUGAGGACCGCGAUGGCGUGCGGUUCUCGUGGAACGCAUGGCCGUCGAGCCGCAUCGAGGCGACGCGCACGGUCGUGCCCAUCUCGGCGCUGUACACCCCUCUUAAAGAGCGCGAUGACCUGCCGCCCGUCAUGUACGAGCCCGUGACGUGCAAGGCGCCAUGCAAGGCCAUCCUCAACCCCUACUGCCAAAUCGACGUGCGCGGCAAGAUGUGGAUCUGCCCGUUCUGUCUGCAGCGCAACCCGUUCCCCCCGCACUACAAGGACAUUUCGCAGACAAACCUCCCACCCGAGGUCACACCAAAGUACUCGACUAUCGAGUACACUCUGUCCCGCCCUGCGCCCGUUCCCCCCAUCUUCCUCUACGUUGUUGACACGUGUCUGGAGGAGGACGAGCUGAACGCGCUGCGCGAGACGCUCGUCGUGUCGCUGAGCCUGCUGCCCCCGAACGCGCUUGUUGGCCUCAUCACGUUCGGCACCAUGGCUAUGGUGCACGAGCUCGCGUACGCCGACUGCCCCAAAUCGUUCGUGUUCCGCGGUACCAAGGAGUACCAGCCCAAGCAGAUUGCCGACAUGCUGGGCCUCAACCCAUCGAACCGCCCGAUGCAGCCUGUGCGGCCGGGCGGCCCUAUGCCGGCUCCCGCGGCGAGCAAGUUCCUCAUGUCCGCCCAGGCGUGUGAGUUCCAGCUCACCAGCAUCCUCGAGAAUUUGCAGCGCGACCCGUGGCCCGUGACAGACCGUCAGCGCCCGCAGCGCUGCACCGGCGUCGCGCUCAGCGUUGCGACUGCGAUUCUUGAGAACGCGUUCCCGAACACGGGCGCGCGUAUCAUGCUCUUCGCGGGUGGUCCUGCCACCGAGGGGCCAGGCAUGGUCGUCACGACUGAGCUGCGCGAGCCCAUCCGCUCGCAUCACGACAUUGAGCGCGACUCGGUCAAGCACUUUAAGCGCGCGACCAAGUUCUACGAGAGUCUGAGCAAGCGGGCGUCGACGAGCGGCCACGCGGUCGACAUAUACGCGGGCUGUCUGGACCAGGUCGGUCUGCUCGAGAUGAAGUCGCUGUCGAACGCGACCAACGGCUUCAUGGUCAUUUCCGACUCAUUCAUGACCGCCAUCUUCAAGCAGAGCUUCCUGCGCACUUUUGCAAAGGACGACAGCGGCUUCCUCAAGAUGGGCUUCAACGGCACGUUUGACAUCCAGACCACCAAGGAGCUCAAGGUCUCGGGCGUCAUUGGACAUGUCAUCAGCGCGAACAAGAAGUCGCCCUGCGUCGGUGAGACCGAGAUCGGCAUUGGCCAGACGUCGGCCUGGAAGAUAUGCUCUCUCACGCCCACGACGUCGCUGGCAUGCUACUUUGAGGUCGUCACGCCAGCUGGACAGCCGCUGCAGCCCAACCACAUGGGCCUCAUCCAGUUUGUCACCCACUACCAGCACGCGUCGGGGCAGUACCGCCUGCGCGUGACGACCGUGGCGCGGACGUUCCACGAGGGCGGGCACCCGAACAUUGCCGCGCAGUUCGACCAGGAGGCGGCGGCUGUACUCAUGGCGCGCAUCGCCGUGUUCAAGGCCGAGAUCGACGAUGCCCCCGACGUCCUCCGCUGGCUGGACCGAAUGCUCAUCCGCUUGUGCCAGAAGUUUGCCGACUACCGCAAGGAGGACCCCGCCAGCUUCCAGCUGUCGCCCAACUUCAGCAUUUACCCGCAGUUCAUGUUCCACCUGCGUCGUUCGCAGUUCCUGCAGGUGUUCAACAACUCGCCCGACGAGACGGCCUUUUACCGGCACGUGCUGAACGACGCCGACGUCAACAACUCGCUCAUCAUGAUCCAGCCCACGCUCAUGUCGUACACGUUUGACCAGGAGCCGCACCCGGUUCUCCUGGACUCGGUGUCGAUCAGACCCGACGUCAUCCUGCUCCUUGACACGUUCUUCCACAUCCUCAUCUUCCACGGCGAGACGAUCGCCCAGUGGCGCAACGCCAACUACCAGGAGCAGGAGGACUAUGCCAACUUCAAGGAGCUGCUCGAGGCACCCAUCUCGGACGCGCAGGAGCUGCUCGAGGACCGCCUCCCUAUCCCCCGUUACGUCGUGUGCGACCAGGGCGGGUCGCAGGCGCGUUUCCUCCUCUCCAAGCUCAACCCGAGCACGACACACACUUCGGGCAUGGGCUAUGGCCAGCAGGCGCCGGGGCAGGCGAUCUUCACCGACGAUGUUAGCCUCCAGGUGUUUAUGGAGCACCUCAAGCGUCUCGCCGUGGGUGCCUCGACUAGCUAG